UUCAGACAUUUCCAGGUAAUUCAGAUGAAACUUCAAUAUUUGCAAACUGGGUGAAUGAUUCUGUUACUGCAAGGCAUAUUCGGAUUGAGCUACCACAAAGUAUAGAACGUCCAUGCCUCCGUCUUGAACUAUAUGGCUGUAAAAAAGGUAUUUACCCAACAAACUGCACUCCAUGCACUGUUCUUUUAUUUAUGUAAGACAAAACGUGGUAUACGCGUAGAUAUUGUUAAUUGGCAUAACUAUGCCUUAAGCAUUUUGAAGAUAUGCAUGUUCAAAAUCGAUAUCAAACUCUAUUUUUUGGCACUUUAUCACAUGCAAAACUAUACACUAUCACUGCUCUCCGCCGGUCUUCCGAUGGAGAGCAGUAUGUGCAUGGGCAAAGAUUAAUUCAAUUAAGUUUGAGCGCGGAUAUCACAAAGUCGUUUCAUUUGAAAUUCUAUUUGUUAUACAUAGUGCAUGAACAAAUAUUCAGACACAGACAAUAUUAGCUACAUGAAAUUAGAAACCUGAGGAACAGAAUCUUGUAAAACUCAAGAUAUUGCAGGGACCGCGGAGACGGGGGGCUGGGGGGAGGCUUUAGCCCCCCCCCCCACUUUUUUUGACAGCCAAAAUUAUUAAAAUAGAAAUCUAAAUGAAACUUUCUAAAUUAAUUAAACCUCACCCUUUAGCCCCCCCACUCUCUAAUACGCUCCGCGGGCCCUGUAUUGGUAUAAAAAUGUUGCCGUUUGAGUAAGCAUGUACUGAGUUUUACGAAAUGUCCUUCAAUAUACUGUAUGCAUGGGCUAUGAUAUAGUAGUUCAAUAUUUAGCUUUGCUAUAAUCGGUGAUAUCAUUAGGCUUGUAGUGGAAACACGAGCGGCUUCAGAUAAUGUCACAGUAGCAUGCAGGUUUUUAUGGAAAACGUUCAUUUUUAGAUGUGGUAAUGCCCGUUAUCGAACAAAAAAGUUAUUCAAAGUCACUGAACAGGAUCAUAAAUAGAACCAUUACCUUAAAAUGUCAAAUCCGUGGUCAAGCAGGAACGGAAGUUACUUGGAAAAGAGAUGGCCAGCCACUGCAAGGAUCAUCUUUUGAAAAGAAUAAGACAGAAUACCCCCAUGAUUUGGUGAUUUCUGCAGUGACAAAAACACAGAUAAAUAUCACUUACAAAAAUGAUCGAGAUAUUUAUGAUAACUUUAAUUGUACAGGAAAAAGAAAUAAUUCCCGAAGAUUACUUUGUAGAUCUGUCUAUAGUUGUUCAGCAAGUUAUCCAGGUGCAACGACUUCAUCUCAAGGGGAUAUUCCUGUGACCAUAACACCAAAUAUAGGUAUAGGAUAUUGGUAAUAUACAGGUAUAAUACUAUAAAUUUCGUUUUAAGGAUACCUCUUAUAUACUGCACAUUAUAGUUGUAGCGAUUUUCAUACUGGUGCCAUUACUGCGAUUGAACAUGCCAGAUUACGAUCCAUCUCGCAAAUCGUAACGUAUUUUUUUGCUAUUUGGUUUGUGGCUACGAUAUAAUGCGGAAGAUGCCUUGGCCAGGCUAAUUUCCUACACUGUCACUUAAACGAUCGAUUUGAUGUUCAAUUGUUUCCAGAUAAAAAUACAUCAUACAUGAAAGUUAUUUCAUUGUGCGCAUGGCGUCAACAAGGCGUUUUUUAAUACCAUGUACUGGUGGGGCAUUUGCCCCACUGGGCCCCUUCCACUGCCCAUGCACCACUGAAGAAAAAAAAAUGGCCUAUUGCCCCAAAGCCAGCGCCCUAGGACCUGUAUUGAGUAAAUGAGUUUAAGAUUGAAAAGAAGUUUAAAAAACAAAAUUUGUUGGUGAGCAUACUUAUGUUAUGUUUGAAUGUUUAGCAUGCAAUUUAUUACAAAUUUCACCAUUAAAGCUUUGUUUUGAGAAGCUGAGAUUUUUUUAAAAUAUGUUCUCAGAAUGCAGAAAAUGCUAUUUCAGAGACCCAAAUUUUAAAAAUUUCCUGGGGGGGACAUGCCUCCAGCUUCAACCCCCCUAGCUAACUUGUACCUGCGGUAUUCUGCUCACACCUUUGGCGAUCGCAUACUAUGCUGGGGGAGGGCAAGGAAAAUAGGCCCUUUGGUAGUUUUGCCCCACCACUGAAGAAUCCUAAAAAAUACAUGCACUGCAUAGCGAUGAUAUAAUAUCCGCUUUGGUUGGUCAUUUGAAAACACCACAUUUUAAAACGAGAAUCAGGUGGUAAUAUAUGAUCUUUGCAUGUGUUCAUUGUCCUCGCUUCCUGCAUUGGCUCAUAAUUAAGUAUCAUACAUCAUCGUAGCUUGUCCACCUAGCUCCAAUGAUCUGUAAGUCUUGUAUUAUCAAUGAUGAAGAUGCGGACACCUUACGGAUCGGAAGCUUUGCAAAAGCAAGUACAUGCAGUAUCCAGUGAAAGUGUAAUCCUUUUGGAAUCAUAAUUUGAUACUUUCGUCGUACUUGAUGUUAAACUUACUCGGUUGAAAGAAGUCAGGAGAAUUUAAAGACAAUCAUUUCUCUCUUUUGGCGAAUUCUAAAAUUUAUCUUAAAGUUUGAGCUGUAAUCUAUUUUAGUUUUGCCUGAUGUCUCCGGGAUGCCUUCAAUCAGCAACAUCAAAUCACGGUCAACUGUAAUAACCUGGGAAGCAGCGGAUGAUUACUUAGAAAGUCUACUGGAAAGAUAUAUCGUUCGUGUUUCAAAUGAAAACUACACGAUGAAAAUCGAUGUAACUUCUGGGACAGAAGAGAACAAUCUGACUUAUCAUCUGCUAAAUCUGACAGAAUAUACAUCCUACAAGGUCAGCAUUGCAGCAGAAAGUGUCAUCGCUAUCAGCAAUUUCACGGAGAAAAUGACUUUCUUGACAUUUUGUAAGUAA